AUGAAUGCUGCCUCCGCCAGUCAACAUGUGUCCGAAGACUCCGCGUCUGAGAAGGUCCCUCAACCACUGCGGCCUCUGCUGGGGUCUGUUGUGAUCAAAUACUUGCCCAUACUAUUGCACCUAGUUAACGCCUCUAUUUGGGGAGUUUUGGCUAGAAAGGGUCUCAUCGAACUUACAACCUACCGUGGGGCAUAUCUUGCAGGAGUUAUAUGGGCCAAUUUUGCUGCAUGUUUUAUUAUGGGGAUGGCAGUGGAUAGUAACCACGUCUGGUCGGGGUUGGUUGGCCCUGAGUACCCCAACAAAGACUCUAUUCCCUUAUACACUGGCAUUACCACUGGCUUUUGUGGUACGUUAUCAUCAUUCUCGUCAUUUAUCCUAGAGAUUUACACCUUCACCUCCAACUCCUCGACCGAGAAAUUUCACCCCAAUGGUGACGGGGCUAAGGAGUUCUUCUCGGUGAUCAUAGCACACCUUUCAGUGUCAGUCGGGGGAUACUUAGCGGGAAGACAUCUUAUUGCAGAAACAGACAUCCACAUUCCAGCCUUUACCAGGAAGUCAUACAAAUUUGUGGAAUUGGCAAUGAUCGUCCUAGGAAUAUGUGCUUACAUUGUCAACUUGGUGUUAUUGGGCGUGAAGGAUAAUGGCACCUGGCGACUGUGGACAUUUUCCGUUCUUUUUUCUCCCUUUGCGGUCAUCCUUAGAUGGUAUCUUUCCAAAGUGUUGAAUCCGAAGGUUCCGAGCUUCCCAUUAGGUACUUACACGGUUAAUAUUUUUGGGACAGUUAUCCUCGCAAUUCUCACGUUAUUGACCAGAGGGGUUCUUGCUGAUAGGGCUCACUCGUACAGUAACAUUCUCAGUUGCCAUGUGUUGAGAGGGCUUGAGGAUGGUUUCUGUGGGACCCUCACUACAGUUAGCACGUUUGUGGUGGAGUUGUGUGCAUUAAAGGUAUUUCAUUCUUACAGGUACGGAUUUGUAUCGAUAGUGCUAUCUUUCUUGUUGGCAUUAUUGAUCAUAGGGCCGUACCAAAUAAUCCAUAAGUCCUUGUCCAAUCCCAUUUGUUCCAGCUAA